AGUAAUCUGAGGUUGUGUAAUGGCGAGCGCUUUCCUCUCUUCCAUCCUAUCCAAAACCAGCCAAGUAUCGAGCUUUGUUCGGAGAUGGGCGACCUCGCCGUCUUCAUCAUCGGAUCCAUGCAGCGGUGUCUUGGAAGAUCUGAUGGAGCUGGAGAGAACGUUGAAGAGGAUUCAGGCAGUGCUCCAUGAUGCGGAGGAGAGGGAGAUACGAGAAGAAGCCAUCAAGCUCUGGCUGAAGGAGCUUAAAGAAGUGGCUUAUGAUGCAGAAGACGUGCUGGACGAGUACCACUACGAGAAACUGCGAGCUCAAGCGGAAGGUCUAGCUUCCCGUAAGAGGAAGCGACUGGAAGGGGACGAUGAGGAACAGGUAAGUGGUUCUCUUUCCACCAUGGUGGUUCCAAUUCCGGAUGGCAUGGGGGAUAGAAUCAGGGAGAUCAGGAAGAGGUUCGGUGAGAUCUGAGAGGAUCGGGAACGCCUCCGUUUACGAGAGCAAGAUGGAGAGAGACGGGUUUUCGGAGCUCUGUGCCCACCACCAAGCAGCCACAUGGUGGAUGAGUCAAGUAUUUAUGGAAGGGAAGAUGACAAGCAGAUGGUAAUUGAUUUGCGUUUUCUGAGGGUAUCUCUGUCAUUCCGAUUGUCGGC